GUCAACAUGUCGUGAUUGGCCAGUCGCCGCGCUGGCAGCGCAGGGUGCGCUCGAAGGCCGCAGGUCUGCUUGAGCUGAAAGGAUGAAAAUUGGCAAUUGGAAAGUCCCUGUCACGGUCCUAAACUUCAUUCUAACUUCUGGAGUCUCCGUUGAUGUCAUUUGGUGUAUGAGUCUGCAAGGGCCUGCGACACUGUCCCUGUGCAUGAUUUAGACAGCAGCUUGGAGCAUGCAUCAUUGUAAGGCUUCCUUGAUUUCAGCGCAAGUGGUGGCACUGUCCCUUUCCCAGCCAGUGCAGAGGGGCUAAUUGCACACUGGAGCUGCCUAUCUGAAAUGAUCCUGAACCCCAGAUCCUCUUUCACCCUGAGGGUCUCCUUCAGCUCCUUCUUUCUGUGCUGGGCAGUAGGUCCCUGGGCUGACUCAUGCCAGUCCCUGCCCUCGCCAGCACUGCCUGCUCACCCCGCUUCUGACCUUCUCCAUCCCUUUUUGCACGCUGUGAUUCCAGAGCGGGAUGGUUGGCCACCGGAGCUGCAAUGUCGUCCCUGACGACCUCCACUGAGGGAGAGAACUCCACUCCCAGGUUUGUUGUUGGUUCCAGGGAUGAUGAGACAGACUUUCUGGGAUCAAACAUGAAGACAGACGAAACGGAUUUCUUUGAAGAUGAUGAAGAGGAGGAGUCGCCACCUGAAAGGCAGAUCGUGGUUGGAAUCUGUGCCAUGACCAAAAAGUCCAAGUCAAAGCCCAUGACACAGAUUCUGGAGCGCCUGUGCAAGUUUGAGUACAUCACUGUGGUGAUCAUGGGGGAAGAUGUGAUCCUGAACGAACCAGUGGAGAACUGGCCCUCUUGUGACUGCCUGAUAUCCUUCCACUCCAAAGGGUUCCCUCUGGACAAAGCUGUUGCUUAUGCCAAGCUGUGCAAGCCAUUCCUGAUCAAUGACCUUGACAUGCAGUAUUAUAUCCAGGACAGGCGUGAAGUGUAUCGAAUCCUUCAAGAAGAGGGAAUAGACUUGCCUCGCUAUGCUGUGCUCAAUCGAGACCCUGACAGACCAGAAGAGUGCAACUUAGUGGAAGGAGAGGACCAUGUGGAGGUAAAUGGAGCUGUUUUCCCAAAGCCAUUUGUGGAGAAGCCAGUCAGUGCUGAAGACCAUAAUGUGUAUAUCUACUACCCAACCUCUGCAGGUGGGGGCAGCCAGCGCCUCUUCCGAAAGAUUGGCAGCCGGAGCAGCGUGUACUCUCCAGAGAGCAGCGUGAGGAAGACUGGCUCCUACAUUUACGAGGAGUUUAUGCCUACAGAUGGCACUGAUGUGAAGGUGUACACUGUGGGGCCAGACUAUGCCCACGCGGAGGCUCGCAAGUCGCCGGCGCUGGAUGGGAAGGUGGAACGGGACAGCGAGGGGAAGGAGAUCCGCUACCCGGUCAUGCUGACUGCCAUGGAGAAGCUGGUUGCCCGGAAAGUCUGUGUAGCCUUUAAGCAAACCGUGUGUGGCUUCGACCUGCUGCGGGCAAACGGCCACUCAUUCGUCUGUGAUGUCAACGGCUUCAGCUUUGUGAAGAAUUCUAUGAAGUAUUAUGAUGACUGUGCCAAAAUCCUUGGAAAUAUAAUCAUGCGGGAACUGGCUCCCCAGUUUCAUAUUCCCUGGUCCAUCCCAACAGAGGCAGAAGACAUUCCCAUUGUCCCCACCACUUCAGGAACCAUGAUGGAGCUCCGUUGUGUUAUUGCAGUCAUUCGGCACGGAGAUCGCACCCCAAAGCAGAAGAUGAAGAUGGAAGUGAAGCAUCCACGGUUCUUUGAGUUAUUUGAGAAAUAUGAUGGCUACAAGACAGGGAAGUUGAAGCUGAAGAAACCAGAGCAGCUGCAGGAAGUGCUGGACAUUGCACGGCAGCUUGUGGUGGACCUGGGAACUCACAGCGACUGUGAGAUUGAGGAGAGGAAAUCCAAACUGGAGCAGCUGAAGAGCGUCUUGGAGAUGUAUGGCCAUUUUUCUGGCAUUAACCGUAAGGUUCAGCUGACCUAUCUGCCUCAUGGACAUCCCAAAGCUGCAAGUGAAGAUGAAGAAGCUCGCAGAGAGCCUUCCCCAUCCCUUCUCCUGGUGCUUAAGUGGGGUGGAGAGCUGACACCAGCAGGAAGAGUCCAGGCAGAAGAGCUGGGGCGAGCCUUUCGCUGCAUGUACCCUGGGGGCCAAGGUGAUUAUGCUGGCUUCCCUGGCUGUGGCUUGCUCAGGCUGCACAGCACCUACCGCCAUGAUCUCAAGAUCUACGCCUCAGAUGAGGGACGAGUUCAGAUGACAGCAGCAGCUUUUGCAAAGGGUCUGCUGGCUCUGGAAGGAGAGCUGACCCCCAUCCUGGUGCAAAUGGUGAAAAGUGCCAACAUGAAUGGUCUCCUGGACAGUGACAGCGAUUCCCUUAGCAGCUGCCAACACAAAGUGAAGGCACGACUGCAUGAGAUCAUGCAGAGGGAUGCUGAGUUCUCUGAAGAGGAUUAUGAAAAGCUAGCACCUACAGGCAGUGCUUCUCUGCUGAACUCCAUGACUUUUAUUCAGAAUCCAGUGGAGGUCUGUAACCAGGUGUUCACCCUGAUUGAGAAUCUCACCUCCCAGAUAAAAAAACGUCUGGAAGACCCCAAAUCUGCAGACCUGCAGCUGUACCACAGUGAGACUUUAGAGCUGAUGCUGCAGCGCUGGAACAAGCUGGAACGCGACUUCCGGAUGAAGAAUGGGCGCUACGACAUCAGCAAGAUCCCUGACAUCUACGACUGCAUCAAGUAUGAUGUGCAGCACAACUGUGCACUGAAACUGGAAGGCACAGCUGAACUCUUCAAACUCUCUAAAGCCCUGGCAGAUGUGAUCAUACCCCAGGAAUAUGGAAUUAAUAAGGAGGAGAAACUGGAGAUUGCUAUUGGCUUUUGUCUUCCCCUCAUUAAAAAGAUCCAGUUGGACCUACAGAGAACCCAUGAAGAUGAGUCUGUCAACAAACUACAUCCCUUGUACUCAAGAGGAGUUCUGUCGCCAGGUCGCCAUGUUCGGACGCGGCUCUACUUCACCAGUGAGAGCCACGUGCACUCCCUGCUCAGCAUCUUCCGCUACGGGGGGCUCCUGGAUGAGAACAAAGACCAGCAGUGGAAGAGAGCCAUGGACUAUUUGAGUGCUAUCUCAGAGCUGAACUACAUGACCCAGAUUGUUAUCAUGCUCUACGAGGACAACAACAAGGACCCAUCUUCAGAAGAGCGUUUCCAUGUGGAGCUGCAUUUCAGCCCUGGUGUGAAGGGCUGUGAGGAGGACAGGAACGUGCCCACGGGGUUCGGCUUUCGGCCAGCCUCCGCAGAGAAUGAGGACAAGAAACCAGACCAAGGAAGCCUGGAGGACCUCUCCAAAGAGAAGGGCAUGGAUGAGCCAGACCGUGCCCAGCAAAGGUCCCCGCAGCCUUCAGAGCCUGUCAGCAUUCAGCGCAGAUCUCCACUGAUCAGGAGCCGGAAGACAGGGUCCAUGGAGGUACUUUCUGAAUCUUCUUCCAAAUCGGGAGGCUAUCGACUCUUCAGCAGCUACUCCAGGCAGUCUUCUGAGAUGAAGCAGAGUGGCCUAGGGUCACAAUGCACCGGCCUGUUUAGCACCACUGUGCUGGGAGGCUCCUCCAGUGCCCCCAACCUCCAGGACUACGCUCGCAGCCAUGGCAAAAAGUUUGCCAGCAGCCUGACAUACAAAGACGAGCUCUUGUCUAUGCCAGCCGUAAAACGAUUUUCUGUGUCGUUUGCAAAGCAUCCGACUAAUGGUUUUGAAGGCUGCUCCAUGGUUCCCACCAUUUAUCCCCUGGAGACCCUGCACAACUCCCUGUCUUUGCGACAGGUCAACGAGUUCCUGACGGCUGUGUGCAAGAGCUGCAGCGACUCACACGUCCAGUCUACUGCAGCUUUGUUUGAUUCAAUGAUUGGCAGCCAGAUACCAGGAGACCCCUUUAUGUCCCAGCGAAUCCUGUCAUCAUCCUCUCUGCCACUGCGCCAGCGUUCAGAUAAGCCCCCGUGGUACAGCAGUGGCCCGUCCAGUACUGUCUCCAGUGCAGGUCCGUCUUCCCCAACCUCUGUGGACAACUGCGCUCGCUUCAGCUUCACUGAGAAACUCUCCAUCAGUCCCCCCAAAAGUGAGGAGCAACUGACUGGCCAGUCCCCUGAGGAAGAUGAGAGACAGGCUCCAGGUGUGGAAGCGGGCAUGCCUGAGCUGCUGGUGGUGGCAGAGCCAAGUGCCCCAGACAGCCUCACCUGGAGUACGGACCCAGAGCCAGGCAGGGUCCUGGAGCUGGCAGAGGAGGACUCUAACCCAGUGGAGAAGAGCAUGGUGCAGCUGGAUGAAAAAGUAUCAGCUAGGGAAAUGUCAGAGCCAAGUAACACAGGAAACCCAAAGUGUGGUGCAGGGUCUGAUACAAGGCUGGCUGGGGAGACCCUGCAGCCAGGUGAGGGGUAUGUGGGGGGAAUGACUGGCCUGAAUUGGUCAGGGCUGUCCAAAGAGAUACCCUGUGAAGAAGAGCUGCUGGGAGUGGCACUGGACCCAGAGCACAAGGUCAAGGGGCUGCUGGGGGACAGUGCUGUGUCAGGCCAGCUUCUGCCUGGUCACCCAUGCCAGGUGCAGCCACUGUCUCCCGAGAAGAGCGAGGAGGAGCUACAGCUGCUAUGCCAGGAGGAUCAGCAGAACUAGUAGCUCACUGAACAACAGCACACUGCAAGCGCUUCUAGCCUGGAGGCAGCCCAGCUUUUUGCACAGUACCUCCUGCAGCUGGCUGUCCACAGCACAGAACAAGCCAUGUCCCAAGACCACAGGGCUCUGGGGCAUGGAAGAGCCUGCUCUGCUCCUCCCCAAGCCAGCUCUCUGCUGUUCAGCAGGAGAUGAUGCCCCAUCUGCCUCAUUAAAUGAACACCACAUGCAGACUUGGGACUGGCAUGGCACCUCCGUAGAGCAGGUACAGGGGGCUGCACUGGUGUCCCAAGGGGCCUGUGCUCACUGGCAGUUACGAGGAUUGGUGCAGACAAGGCUUUUGGGGUGGUAAGUCCAAAGGGGACAGAUGAUCCCUUGAGAUUUUUUUUGGCUCACAGCCUUUAGAGAAAGGCAUUCUGGGCCCAAAGUAAUCAGAUCCGUCACAACCACCAACCUCCUCUCUGUUCCUUCCUUCUCCCUCUCUCAAUUCCCACCACUGGCCACCAAAACCAGGUCCAGGAAGUCCAUGGCAGGAAGACUAAAAGCUGAAAGCGUUCUGAGUGUGGGAAGGAAAGAAGUGAGGGGAUGGGAUUCAAGACUGCCACUGGCAAGAAAACAUCUCUUUGGCACGGACUUGGAUUAUUUUCCUGCCGGGCUGGGGCAGGUAGCUGGGAGCCUGGAGAUCCGGCCUGAGAGAGGUGGGCAGGGAGGACACACACGGGUUUUUUUCUGGUCCCCAAGGGUCAGGCAGGGUACAGCUCUGAAGUCUUGGUGGCAGAAAUUAAAAGAAACUGCUAUUUGAACAAAUCAGGAUUAUUAGAAACCAAUAAGGAGAAAUCUUUAUUCUAUAUAAAAUGAGAAGUAUUUAAAAUCUAUUUAUGUAACUGACUUGUGAGCACAAGCCUGAGGGCACGAGCGCCGCGGGGGUCCCUGCCGCGCCCCAGGGCAGCCCAGGGCCGCGCCCCCCGUGCCUCUGCUUGUGGGCAAGUCUGCGUGUCUGUCUUAGCUAGGAUCUGUGUUGUUGUGAAGCUGUGCCCAAAGAUCUCCAUGCUGUGUUGUGAUGAUGUGUUCACAGUAAACCUACGCUGUGGCUCUGC